UGACGCUGACCAGUCUGUAGUUCCCUGGGUUCUCCUUGUUCCCCAUUUUAAAUAUGGGCAUUAUAUUAGCCUUUUUCCGAUCGUCCGGGACCUCCCCGGAUCGCCACGAGUUUUCAAAGACGAAAAACCAAAAACCGAAAAUCAGUGACCUGCUUUUAAGUACCCUUGACAACCUUCCUCAGGAAAACUUUGAAAGGUUUAAAGACAAACUAGCACACUCUGACUUUGAGGGGAAAGAUAACAUCCCCCGAGGUCGGCUGGAGAAUGCCGACAGAAUACAAACUAAGAAUCUCCUGAUGGAAUUCUAUGGUGAAGAUGCUGCAGUAGAUGUAACCAUAGACGUUUUCACUCAGAUCAAUCUCAGAGAUUCUGCUGCUAAACUUGGAGACGAAAGAGAGAAAGCUUUGGGUCCUCAGCAAACAUGUGAAAGAUCAGCAAAUGCUUACAGAGGGAAGUACAGAGAACAUAUAAAAAACGAAUACAGCUCAAUAAAAGACAUGAACGCUCGUCUUGGUGAGAAUGUGAAGCUAAAUGAGAGAUACACAAAGCUGAUCCUUGGAAAGGGACAUCAUCACAAAAAGCAGAGAGAACAUGAAAUAAUAGCCUUGGGAUGGAGACAUGCAGAAAUUAUGACUAAGCACGCUAGUCCUAUCACUGUAGGCGAUUUAUUUGACUCCGAUGAAGAUGGACAGUCACCACAUAUUGUCGUGCUGCAGGGAGUUGCAGGGAUUGGAAAAACACUGACAGCACAAAAGAUCAUGUUGGACUGGGCAAAUGGAGAACUGUAUCAGAGCAGGUUUGAUUAUGUUUUCUACAUAAAUUGUCGGGACAUUAACUUUUUCAAAGAGCAGAGAAGUGUUGAAGAUUUAAUUUUAAAAAAUUGUCCUGAUCAAAAUGCACCAGCUAAAGAGAUUCUGAUGAAUCCAGAAAAACUCCUGUUCAUAAUUGAUGGUUUUGAUGAACUGAGAUUUUCCUUUGAUCAAUUAACAAGUAGUCAGUGCUCUGAUCCCUGUAAAAAGCAGCCAGUGAAAAUCAUACUGAGCAGUUUAUUUAGGAAAAAAGUGCUUCUGAAAUCUUACUUAAUAAUUACUACAAGACCAGUUGCCCUGGAGGAACUUGGGCGGUGUUUGAAAGAUGAACGUUAUGCAGAGAUCCUGGGAUUUUCUGAAAAUGAGAGAGAAGAAUAUUUCUGCAAGUUCUUUCGGAAUGAAGAACAAGCAACAAAAGCCUUUAGCUUUGUAAAAGAGAAUGACAUGCUCUUCACCAUGUGCUUUGUUCCCCUUGUGUGUUGGAUCAUCUGCAAGGUUCUGAAACAACAGAUGGAAGAAGGUGAAGAUCUUGCACAAAUUUCCAAUACAAUCACUGGAGUGUACAUGAACUAUCUCUUCUGUUUAAUAGAGGGUCACAUCAGCACUUCAAAUCAACAGGUACAAGGUAACUUAAAGGGACUUUGCUCCUUAGCUGCAGAUGGAAUCUGGAGUCAGAAAAUACUAUUUGAGGAAGAAGAUGUCAAGAAACAUGGCUUAGAUAAACCUGAUUCCCUCUUCCUGAAUGAGAACAUGUUUCAGAAAGGCAUUGGGAAGGAGUGUGUUUACAGCUUCAUUCACUUGAGUUUUCAAGAGUUUUUUGCAGCUUUGUUUUAUGUAUUGGAGAAAGAAGAAACAGUGGAAAAUUCAGAAACUGCUAUACAACCUGUGGAAAAAUUGUUUGAAAAGUGUGAAGAACCUAGGAAUCAUUUAAUGUUAACAGUGCGAUUCCUGUUUGGUCUCUUAAAUAAAAAGAGAAUGGAGGAGAUGGAGAAAAAACUUAGUUGCAAAAUUUCACCCCAAAUUAAAAAUAAUUUAGUAACAUGGGUUAAAGAAAAACUCUCUCUGGCAUUGUUCAACUAUAAUAAGUUUUCUUAUGGCACAACAAUUUUCUAUUUUGAGUAUUUUUACUGUUUCUAUGAAAUUCAAGAAACAGAAUUUGUGCAGAGUGCGAUGAAUCAUUUCACUGAGCUAAACUUAAGUGAUUAUACCUUUACCAAAAUGGAUCAAAUUGUUCUUCAAUUCUGUAUAAAGAAUUGCUGUAACCUGGAGUCAGUUGAUCUAGACACCUGUACGUUUCUAACUGAAGACCUGAAUGAAGAUUCCCCAGGACCAAGCAAGCGGCCAUGUUGGUGAGCAGAUGAGCAUG